AUGAGGGCAGACAUUUUCCUUCUCAUUUUCUUUUCACUAAGGCUUUGCAGUGUUUACGCGGCCUUACCCUAUAGCAUACCGGAUCUUGGUCCCGAUCAUCUGGCUUAUAGAAGAGCAGAGUCAGCUUCCAUACCUGAAUUCGGAGUCCCAUCGCUCUUCACGGGCUCUUCGCCUUCCCCUUCCCGCGUCGGAUCACAGACGGAGCCGUCAAGCCUUCAGUCCUCUACCGCGCCUGCUUCCGACUCUCACCGGUGGACUGAUACCGCACCAUUCCCCACACUAUCCAAUUCGACUGCGGUUCAAUCUGGGACCGUUAGCUCGAGUACAACUGUUCAAUCCUUGUCCUCUAUCGCUAUCGUGGGUCCUACUGCACCGGGAUCGACUCAACUCCCAUCGCUAAGCCCGUCUAAUUCCUCUGGUACCACCCUCACGAAUUAUAUUACGUCUACGACUUCCCCCGCUUUCGAUUCUGCAUCCAUAUCCACGUCCACAUCCCCAGCCAGCAGUAGCUCAGCCACUACCAACGCAAUCGUCGUGACCACCGUGACAGCCUCAAAUAAAUCUCCCAGCGUAAUCACUGUUACUACCACAGCCGCGCCUUCAUCACCCCCGAAUCCUAAUCCAUCCCCAAGUCCGCCCACGACCGAUCCGGAUAGCAGCAUGUCGGCCGGGGAGCCAACUCAACCGUCCCAAACAUCGCCUUCGGAGUCUGACCCACCGCGAUCCAAACUUCCUCCAGCAUGGAUCUUCGACGCAGUCGUCGACGGUCAAGCUUACCAUCUCCCAUCCCCAGAUGAACCGCCCAUCCAGAUCCUCCUCCUAGACGGCACACUCGCCCAGCUCUUUUCAAACAAAGUCAUCAUGCGCGGCCAGACCCUUACCAUACCGGCUGGGUUAUCCGGCUCGCAGGAGAUCUCGAGCGGGGGUCAAUCCAUCACUGCUCAACCGGGUGAAUCCAAGAAACCGGAAUCAGAUGGGAACGAAGGCGGCGGAGGUGGAGGCGGAGGCGGCAUCGGCGGUCUUUUUGCCGGUAUUGUUGGUGCGGCCGGCAAGGCUGCUAGUGGUCUUGCAGACGCAGGAAAAGGCGCCAUGGGCCUCGCAACUGGAGCCGGCGGAGUCGCGGCUGGUAGCCUCGCCAGCACCUUCUCAACCACCGCUAACGAUGUCGGUGGCCUCGUCUCCUCGCUGAACGGCAUUCAGCAAGCUUUCCCGGCGGAUCAGCUUAGCCAAGCUGGCUUAGGGGCAGCUAUGGGAGCCCUAAACCUUGGUCGAGACUCCUCCAACUGGCUGAAAUCUGUGGGUAACCUGGUCAACGGUUUUGACAGUCUUACGCCGGAAGUCCAACAGCAGGCGCGCGAGAAUAUGCGUCAGUAUGCGGGGCCAGGCGGACCUUUGGAGCAAGCGGGUCAAGCUAUGCGAUCCUUCUCAGAGUUUCCUUGGGAAAGCGAGGUUCCGGCCACGCAAAAUCCUACCCCGUCGGCAACGCAGCAGCCGACUACGAGCGUGCCGCCUACCAACACGGCUACUUUUCAGAGCACACUAGGAAUAUCUACCACCCAAUCCCCGGUCUUCUCAACCGCUAGCAUUCCGACCACAGCAUCUACGAGCACAAGUAGCGCGACCCCAUCAACUACGCCCGAGACGCGCAAACGAUAUCUCAUAACCACUAAGAACGGCACGACCUUAGAGACGUUCGAGGGCUUCGUACAGGAUCUCGAUGGUGGCGCGGGCAAAUCGCGUACUUACGAAUACGUCCCGCACCAGAGCUAUUUAACCCAUCUUGCGUUGUCGGAUGUCGAGCGGAUCAAGCAACUUGAUUUUAUAUGGAAAGUAGUGGGCGAUGUUUUUGUUCCGCCAGAAGAACACCAAAUUGAAGAGUACGGUGUGAUCAGCCGCGGUGUGUCGACAAUAGGCGAGAGAACCGUACGUAAUGCGAACAAAUCGGAAGGCAUCAGUGGUUUCAUUCCUGAGCACGACGCGACUAUCCUUCCGAGAGCGCUGCUCCCGGCCCAACCCAACGCACCCUACUGGAAGAAGAUGAUCUCCUCCCCGCCACCCCAAAACAUUCAGCAACCACCACCCCCAUCUCAGGAUCCUCCAUACCUGUGCGAUGACUCCGGAGGUACAGGAACAACCAUAUAUGUUUUGAACGCUGGGUUUGAUCUGAGCAUCGCUGAUCUUCAACCAAAUGGCCGCUCAGUGCAAUGUUUCAUCGUGCCUAACGAAGAUACAUUUCCUGACGGGUGGCUCGACUCUAUGCGGGCUCAAGGCUGGAUGGGUGCAGUAAUGCGUCCAGAAUCUCUUGAGGGCGAUGGCCAUGGUACCUUAAUGGCCGUAAUUGCCGCUGGACGGGAGCACGGGGUAGCCCCCAACGCUGAUUUAUAUCUAGUUCGAACGAAGGGCCGAUACAAUAGAGACAGCACGGACGAAACCGAUCCUGGGGCCCAGGACAGAAGCUGGCCCCUCCAGGCAAUCGCUGUUAAUUCAGCUCUCGACCAUGUGCGUAACGACAUAGAAUCUAGAUUGAGUGCCAACCCGAGCGCAAAAUCCGUGGUUAACAUGUCCUGGGGCAAGAAACUAAACACCCCCGGCGCCGGAGAUGUAGCAGACUACCUCGAAGACUUCCUGAUAUGGUCGGAGCAAAGAGAGGUCACCGUUGUAUUAGCAGCUGGCAACGAAGCUAACUCGCCACUCCACGAGCGUGUGCCCCAAAAAUUCAGCACUGCGGCCAAUAAUAUUAUCACUGUUGGAUCAGUCAACCAGGACGGCACUCCGAGAUCCGACUGUUCUCCAGGGAUUCCUGGAGAGGAUGGAUCCAUGACCGUAUUUGCGCCAGGGACGGACAUUGCGGUUCCUGGCAACGCUGGUGACAUAGUUCUAAGCCAAGGUACGAGUCCAGCGGCUGCUAUGGUGUCUGGUCUAGCAGCUUACUUUUGGUCUUUGCCCAACGUCGCUUCAUUCCUCUUUGAGAACAAUGGCCUUGUGGCGGGCGAUAAGAUGAAGAAUCUCAUCAGAAGCCAUGCGUGGACACGCAUUCCUCUUCCUAUUAGGGUUCCUGAAGACUGGUCUCCCGUCAACGAGUUACCGGUGGUGUAUAAUCUCGCGCGCGGUGAUCCUGCGCAUAAUGGACUCUGCGUGCAGAAACGCGCCGGCGACCAGCUCUCCGCAUGUGAAGUCCGUACGUCCGAGUCGUCAUCCACUCUUACUACGACCUUCAGGCCCUCUACCGCCAAUGCACCCUCAUCCUCUCCGUUUCCUACAACUAGCGCAAGCCCCUUACCCUUACCUAGCGUUACGAUCAUUUCGCCUGCGUCAUCCCUGAACCCCGACCCCACCGCGACUCUUAUUCCAUCGUCGACCCCGGAACCUGCCUAUGAGAAAUGUCGCAUCUUUGUGGCGGAAUUCGAUAACAAGAAUGCAACAAACCACAACGACGAGAAUUGGAGCAUUUCCAUCUAUCCUGUCAGCGAAAACAGCCUGACGAACACGACUCAGAUAUGCUUCCAUGGAGUGACGGCAAACGAGCUGAGCGGUGCCGAAGUCGAGUGCCCGCCUCUAGGCGAUGGCGAAGAAGGCGUCGUGAACGUCCGGCGGGAAGAGGAGGACAGAUUGAGAUUCGUUUGGGGCGAAAAGACGUGGACGGCCGAAGAUGAAGGAUGUACAAUAUUGGAGAACUGGCAUCAGUCCGAUAUCGAUACGAAUGAGAGGAAGCGCGAAACCGAGUGCAUCUUUGAAUGCAAGAUUGACUGGUCUAAGCCCCCGUCGAAUAUCAUAGACUAA